AGCAGCCCUGCUUCUCGAACCUCCCCCUUCCUGCCUCCUCCGUGACGGACGAAAAGUUCGCUUGGACUUUGAUUCGCCGAGUGACCUUGGCUCCGGGCGACGCCUCGCUGGUGGUUUCUGGCUGCCCUCGGCUCUUCAGGAACUUUGUGAGAAUUUCAGUAUAUGGAAACACUGCCCUUGUUCCAACUGGUGUCACUCUUAUUCCAGGACCAAAGUAUUAUAUGUCAAUCAGUCAGCCACAUACUUAAUGACUCCUAGAAAUUUCAUGGACUUCUAAAGAGGCACCAUGGCCUGUGCUGCUGUCAUGAUUCCUGGGUUGUUACGAAGCUCUGUUGGAACCAUCUGUACUCCAGCUACUUCCCUGAGACUGACGUCCAGUACUUUGCGUCACCUUACUCUUACAAGCAUAAUGAAAUCCAAAAGGAAAACUGAUCACUUGGAGAGAACUGCAAGUGUCAUUCGUCGGGAGGUCGUGUCGGCUGCUAAGGUGUGUGGGGCUGCUGAUGAGUCACCAUCAGUGAAGAGGCUGCACCUUCUUAUUGCUGAUAAAGACUUUUCUUUUAAAGCUGGCCAGUGGAUUGAUUUCUUUAUCCCAGGAGUGUCUGUGGUUGGUGGGUUCUCAAUAUGCUCCAGCCCCAGACUGCUAGAACAAGAGAGAAUGAUAGAAUUGGCAGUGAAAUAUACAAACCACCCUCCUGCUCUCUGGAUUCACAAUCAGUGUACACUUGACUCUGAAGUGGCUGUGAGAGUGGGUGGAGAGUUCUUCUUUGACCCACAGCCUGCAGAUGCCUCUAGAAACCUCGUGUUGAUUGCAGGAGGAGUAGGAAUUAACCCUCUGCUUUCCAUCCUGCGGCAUGCGGCUGACCUCCACCGAGAACGGGCAAACAAGGGAAAGGGCUAUGAGGUCGGGACGAUAAAGCUGUUCUACAGUGCAAAAAAUACCAGCGAGCUCCUGUUUAAGAAAAAUAUCCUCGAUUUAGUAAAUGAAUUUCCUGAGAAGAUUGCGUGCAGUUUGCAUGUUACAAAACAGACAACGCAAAUCAGUGCAGAACUCAAGCCCUACAUCACGGAAGGAAGAAUAACAGAGAAGGAGAUAAGAGAUCAUAUUUCAGAACAGACUUUGUUCUAUAUAUGUGGCCCACCUCCAAUGACAGACUUUUUCUCCAAGCAACUGGAGAACAGCCAUGUUCCCAAAGAACACAUUUGCUUUGAGAAGUGGUGGUAGGGAGCAGGCAAAGGUGGAAAAGAGAAAGCUGUGAAAUCCACUCAGGACAGGAACAGAGACAAGAUUUGUGGCAUAACGGAUUUACCUCCUAUUCAGCUUUUUUUUUUUUUUUUUUAAGCCUGAACUAAGUGACCAGCUGGAGCAUAAAAGAAAAACCAGCUCACAGACUUAGAUGAUAAAUUUUUUUACAAAGACUUCAUUGAUUAAAUUAUUUUUACUAUAUUUUCUUUUAUUAAUAACUGAUUCUCUCAUGCUGUAUCUUGAAUUGGUCAAUACAGAUUUUCUUUCCUCUUAGGGAAAAAAGAGAUACAUACUUAAUCAUUUAAAAAUGUGCUUUCCUGUGUAAAAUGUAAGCUAUCUUUAUUUGAUAGCAACCUUUAUAUCUUAUGCUCAAUAAACUUAUAAUUUAAACACA